AUGGUCCAUGCUUGUUGUUCGCCUCGACGUUGCGUCUUCGCCUUCGUGUCGAGCCAGAUCUUCCUCAGUGAGACAUCUUCUCGAAUCUUUGGAAAUCUCGAUUCGAGAAGAUGGCUCGCUGAGGAAGAUCUGGCUCGACACGAAGGCGAAGACGCAACGUCGAGGCGAACAACAAGCAUGGACCAUCGACUCGGAUCACCGGCUCUGAGGAAGACGAAGACGUCGAAACGUUAG